UAUGUCAAAGAUAAAGUCAAAGAAGCAGACAACUAAGAACACCAAACAAAAUUAUCACUUAGUGGCUCUAAAUUCUAACUAAUUGUUUGUUUAAUGUUCAGAUUCCCACAUUAGUAAUCCUUAACCUUAAAAAAUCCCAAAUGUUGUUACUCAAAAACCUAACAAAGAAAUAGACACUAUCCACAAUUUGGUAUUCAAAUUAACAUAGUAUAUAUGAUUAGUAAACUUGUUUUUGAAGCUCCAAAUUCCAAGAAAAUAUGAUAAAUUUGAAGUCUUGGUUUCUUCUUGCAAUUCUUUCUGUGUUCCUAUGUACAACAUUGGGAUCAGAUGCAGUAGAGUCUGUACUAAGGCGUUUGGAUAGCAAACGGGCGCAAUCUGUAGUGCAAGAAUCUGCAGCUAAGGGUGUUUUGCAGAGGUUACUUCCGGCCCAUUUGCACAGUUUUGAAUUUAAGAUUGUCUCCAAGGAUCUUUGUGGUGGAAGAAGCUGCUUUCGUAUAACAAAUUACAAGAGCUCACACAGAAAUUCACCUGAAAUUUUAAUUCAAGGAACUACAGCUGUUGAAAUUGCAUCGGGUCUAAACUGGUAUUUAAAGUACAAGUGUGGAGCUCAUAUUUCAUGGGACAAGACAGGGGGUGUUCAGUUAGCUUCAGUUCCCAAGCCAGGUGCACUGCCUCUUGUAGAAGCGAAAGGAGUGACUAUCCAACGGCCAGUACCAUGGAACUACUAUCAAAAUGUUGUCACAUCCAGCUAUUCAUAUGUUUGGUGGGAUUGGCAAAGAUGGGAGAAAGAGAUUGAUUGGAUGGCACUUCAAGGAAUCAACUUACCUCUAGCGUUUACGGGACAAGAAGCUAUCUGGCAAAAAGUUUUCAUGGAUUAUAAUAUUACUACCCAAGAGUUAAAUAAUUUCUUCGGUGGACCUGCCUUCCUGGCUUGGGCUCGCAUGGGAAAUCUACACGCAUGGGGUGGGCCUUUAUCUCAAAACUGGUUAAAUAUUCAGUUAGCAUUGCAGAAACGGAUAUUAUCUCGGAUGCAGGAGUUAGGCAUGACCCCAGUUCUUCCGUCAUUCUCUGGAAAUGUUCCAGCUGCAUUGAAAAAGAUAUUCCCGUCUGCAAAUAUUACGAGGCUUGGGGACUGGAACACUGUUAGUGGUGACUCUCGAUGGUGUUGUACUUUUCUCCUAUCUCCUUCCGAUCCCUUAUUUAUCGAAAUUGGAGAGGCAUUUAUCCAGAAACAGAUUAAGGAAUACGGACACAUCACUGAUAUCUACAACUGUGAUACUUUCAAUGAGAACACUCCACCUACUGAUGAUCCAACAUAUAUUUCAUCUCUCGGAUCUGCUGUGUUCAAAGCAAUGUCAAAAGCAAAUAGCAAUGCAGUGUGGUUGAUGCAAGGUUGGUUAUUUUAUUCUGACUCCAAAUACUGGAAGCCACCACAGAUGGAGGCACUUUUACAUUCUGUUCCACGUGGGAAGAUGAUAGUUCUUGAUCUAUUUGCUGAUGUUAAACCAAUAUGGAAAUCAUCCUCUCAAUUCUAUGGCACUCCUUAUAUCUGGUGUAUGCUGCACAACUUUGGAGGCAACAUUGAAAUGUAUGGAGUGUUAGAUGCAGUGGCUUCUGGUCCUAUUGAUGCCCGCACAAGUGAGAACUCAACAAUGGUUGGUGUUGGAAUGUGCAUGGAAGGAAUAGAACACAAUCCAGUUGUCUAUGAGCUGAUGCCCGAAAUGGCAUUUAGAGGGGGUAAUUUUCAACUUCAGGGAUGGUUGAAAUCCUAUUCUCGUAGACGUUAUGGUAAAGUGAAUGAUCAAAUUGAAGCUGCUUGGGAGAUCCUUUAUCAUACAAUCUACAACUGUACUGAUGGAAUAGCUUUUCACAACACGGACUACAUUGUGAAAUUCCCUGACUGGGAUCCCUCAGGGAAGACAGAAACUGGUAUCUCGGGGACUGAUAUGUCCAAUCAGAACGGGAUGCAACAACUUGCAGGAUUCCAGUGGAAUAGACGGUUCCUUUUCUCUGAAAAAAGCUCCAGUCUACCAAAGCCUCACCUAUGGUAUUCUACUGAGGAUGUCAUCAAGGCAUUAAAGCUAUUCCUUGAUGCAGGAAAAGAACUUUCGGGAAGCCUCACAUAUAGGCACAUAUAAAGUAUAUCCAACUAUUCAUUCUAAUUCUUAAAAAGGGGAGUGAACUAAAAUUUCCAAGAAAUCUUUGCAUCUGUACCAAUAAUGUUGAUCCAAAUUUCUCAGUUUGGAAGCCUAAAGAAUUGCAUUAGUGCUUUAUUAUGCAUAAGAAGACUCUACUAUUGUAUAAAUAUAAUCCAGAUUAGACAUGUUAUAUUAGUUAGAAAAUAUAGAAGAGAAAAGCAACAUACCAAAAAAAGUUGUUCUUUCCUUCCCCCAAUCUAUGUCAGGAUACUGUAAAAUGUAGUAUCGAAUGAACAAAACUAGAGCCACUUACAUAAUUAGCAACUUCAAAAGUCUCAGAGCACCCAAUAAAGCCUAGUGUUGUACAAUGGUGACAUUAGUGCCUGGAGAAUUGCAAAUCCGAGUAGCUACUUCUGAGCAAGAAGCCCUGACUCAUAUAAGUGGCUUCUAUGCCUUUCAUGGCAGAGCAGCUUACCAGAUGUCCCUUAUAUUGUACAGAAUCCCAUAAUGCAUGAAAAAUAUUCAUUUUUGGGCUCAACCGAUGGCUUCAACAAACUUUCACAGGCAAGCUGCUUGAUGUUCUGCAUCUGCAGGCUUUACCUUUACCUUUUGUCAACAUGAGCUUCACCUCUCCCAUUUCCUUCUCCAAUGCAUCUUCAGAUGAACCAAUAUUUCUAACAACAAGUCUGUAAUUUUUAAUAGAAAGCGUCUGAGCAGUUUAAUGGCUUUCUGUCAACAAUUACCUCAUAAUUUUAGCAGCUUCUUUUUUAUGAUACGAAUUGUCAAAUUGAACCUGUUAUUUAGAUAAUUCCUUUGUUGUUUUUUCCAUUCCCUUUGAAUAUUAAAAAUAUUUUCAACUAAAAACCAGCUAUUGGUUAAGCAACUUUUAUGAGGAGCUGCUUUUUCCUAAUGAUCCUGUAUACUAGUAAUUAUUUUUUAUAAAGGUAUGCUGUAACAAUUUCAAUAGCAGUACUGUUUAAGAAAAAGAAAUUCAAAUUGCUUCUGAAGACCUUUACUUCUACUUCCGAAUCCAUUUUCCUUCAAGUAUAAUAGAACCCCAACUUUGACCUUAAUAGUUGUGCCUAAGCUUGUGACCUCUAAAUUGGGAGGAAGAUAUUGCACCCAACAGUGUCAAUGAAGUGGGUUGGGAAUCAUGAGGCCUCAAGUUUAAAUCCUAGCAUAGGCAAAAAAAAUAUACAAUAGAACACUAGGUGAUUUCUUCCUAUCAGACCAAGCCUUGUAGGAGAGAAUCACCAAGCACUUGUGAGUUGUGGUGAUGGGAGAUAGCAGGUACCCCGUGGAAUUAGUCAAGGUGUGUGCAAGACGGCUCGGAUACCACAGUAAUAAAAAUACUGGGAGAAAGGGAGUAUAAUAUCUUAAUAAGAAAUUAAUGGUGAUGUACUGUUUCAUAAACUAUAUAAUACUCUCGAAGAAACUUAAUGGUGAUGUAGCUAUUAUAAAUAAGAAACAUCAAAAUGCUGUAACAAAAAAGAAAGGCAUUGCGAGGAUUUUCAACACCAUAGGAGAUAUGUAUUAUUCUUCUCAUGUGCAUAACGAAAAUGAUUGUAAAUGUGAGAAUCACCUCUACU